AAUAAUCAUUCUGGCCUUCUCACUCUCAAAUUUUCUCUCGUCCCAAUCAGAAGACAAUUUCUCCCUCAAAUCUCUCUCCCCCCUCAUCAGAUCAUCAAUUACUCUCUCUCUCUCGGAACGCCAUUAUCGCCGAGCAACGCACUGAACGAGCAGAUCUGACAGUCGUGAUCCCAUUCUGUGUUGAUCACCGCCGUCGAUCCGUUGCCUCCAUUGCCGAUUCUUAUCCAUCGACGUAUGUAGUUCUCUCUCUGUCUCUGUUCUGUGUUAACCGUCGCCGCCAAUUCGUCGCCUCUGCCGCCGAUUCGUCGCCAUCGCCGGUUUAUCAUCUCCGAGUCGGCGAUUCAUCACCUGUGCUGGUUCAUUGCUUCCUCUGUUGAUUUUGUGUUGGUCGCUGCCGCCGGUUCGUUGCCGUUUCGUUUAGCUUCUACUCGGCUAAAAUCAAAUAGUUCUGAUUUGUUGAUCAGCGCUAAAGAGGAGCAAAUAAGUUAUCAAGAAGUCAAGUUGGUUGUUGUGAAGCCAUGAUUGGGGUUGGCAAGAUCAAGCAAUACUCUAACGUCCUCGACAAGCCCCUCAGCAAGGGCAAACAAGAGGUGAGUUUGAGUGCCUUCGCGUUCUUGUUUUCAGAGCUUGUGCAGUACAAUCAGACACAAGUUGACAACAUUGCUGAGUUAGAACGGAGGUUGGAGGACGCAGGUUAUGCGGUUGGUGCUCGAGUUCUAGAACUGCUUUGCCAUAGGAUAAGGUUGAAGAUGGAAGAAAUUGUACAUGAACAUUUGUAUGCCUUAGCGGCAUAUUUGAGCACUCCUUUGCUAUUUGGCAAUGCUAUCCUCGGAAAUAGAAGGGAGACACGGCUGCUGGGUAUUCUAUCUUUUGUGCACAGCACCGUAUGGAAGGUGUUAUUCGGGAAGGUAGCUGACUCGCUUGAGAAAGGCACUGAGCAUGAGGAUGAGUACAUGAUUAGUGAGAAGGAGCUUCUUGUGAACAGAUUUAUUUCUAUCCCAAAAGACAUGGGGACAUUUAAUUGUGGAGCAUUUGUUGCUGGAAUUGUUAGGGGCGUUUUGGAUAGCGCUGGUUUCCCGGCUGUGGUGACAGCUCAUUUUGUUCCCAUAGAGGGUCAACAAAGACCUAGAACAACCAUUUUAAUAAAAUUUGCAGAAGAGGUGCUAAGAAGAGAAGCAAGGUUAGGUUGAGUUUGUGCCAAAGAUGAUCUCAUGUUGUAGUUGUUUUCAGUGCUCCACAAGAUUACAAAAAGGACGGUGAAUGGUUUUUAGCUGAUUAUUUCUGGGUUCCAUUUGUGAAACAUAUAUAAUAGUCAUACUUGUGACAAAUUCAAAUCUCCAAAGUGAUUUAAUUAACUCUAUUCUGUUCAAACACGGCACACUGCUGACCUGAAACAGAAAGAAUUAUCUAGGUUGUGUGUGGAUUGUGAUAUUUAUUUAUUUAGCAUUAGCAUUUAUAUAAAAAGAGAAAAAGGAUGCUCCAUUGCUUUCAAAUGU